AUGCUGGCCUGGAGGCCUGGAUCCCGGAGCGCGGUCUCGGGACGGGGCCCCGACUUGUCGGACGCCCGCGACGGAGCCCCCCGCAGCCCCCGCUUGGGCCGCGGGCGCUGCCGGCCUGCCGCCGACCUAGAUAUGAAAAUCCAUCUGGAGAAAAAUUUAGAAGAAGAGCGUCAAAUAUUACUGCAGCAACAAAAAAUAUGUCGAAAUCGAGCACGUAAAUAUUUUGUGGAAUCAAACCGGAGAAAAAAAGCUUUUGAAGAAAAACGAAAAGAACAAGAAGAAAGAGAACAACAAAUCAGAGAACAAAUACUUCAACAAAGAAAAGAGAAGUUUGUAGAAGUCACUGAAAAAUUCCAGCGUGCUCAUAUUCCUCUUUCACAAAGGAGGAGAGCAGUUUUUAAAAAACCAGUUCCUCCGUUGGAAGAAGCCCUCAAGCAAAUUCAGGAAUCCAACUUAAAAUCAGAAGUAAACCUCCUCCCUUCCCACAGACCAACAAUAAAUUGGAAAGCUAUAGAUAAUGCCUUGCCUUCAUCAUUGUCAAAAAAUGGUCACAAGCGUCAGAAACAUCUCUUAUCCAAAAUCAAUUGUGGUAAAGAAAUGAAGGAAAACAACAGGGCAAACUUGGCUUCUAACAAAGAUGCGUUCCAGCUUAAACUGGAAGAAACUCAGAAACUCCUAGAAGAUCAGCAUCUAAGCAGUUUGCAAAAAUUUUGUGAUGAAGUUAAUCAAAUAACAAAUUCUGAAACCCUCUCGAGUAUAGACAGUCUUGAGGCUGGGGAACAUGAAAUAUAUUUAACCCUUAACAAGGAGCCUUCCACAUCAAACCAGAAGAAUUUCAUUUCUCUCAAAUCAGUAAAUCUGCAAUCAACUAAUCUAAGCUGCUUUGAUGAAGAUAAACUGUCAUUCUCUAAAACUCAGCAUAUAAAUAAUUGGCUCAUAAAUGUAAAUGAUCCAAAUACUCAGACUGUCACACCUUUCUCAGAUAUUUUAAGUAAUCCUAAUGUUCUGCCUUCUUGUGAAUGUUUUAAUGGUAAAGAACAAAAUCCACCUGUGGAAAGAAUGACAAGUAGUCCUAAUAAUUCAGUAGCCUUUGUAUAUAGUCCACCUAUAUUUAUACAAGACGGAAAAAGCAAAGAGGUCUCUGAAACUAGCCCUGUAAGGGCAACUGACUCCUCUUCUGGAACAUUCAAAAGGGAGAGACCAUUUGUUACUGAGAGCCCAACAUUUAAAUUCAGCAGAGUCUGGACCACUCCAGAUUGUCUAACACAGGAAAUGGCUGUGUUUUCAGACCAAGGGAACAAUUCCGAAUUAGCACAAGAAAAUAGAACUACUUCAUUUGUACCUAUGGCAACACGUAUAGUUUUGCCAUGUAAUACGCAGUCAGCUAGGCCAUUACCAAAGAGCAGUCUACAUAUAAAAGAAGUCGACCCGGUGCAGUGUUCUGAUAAGUUAGGAGAAUUGACAAACGUUGAAGGUGAGAAGUUAAAAUAUUUUCAUCGUAAUAAGGAAGAGUUGCCUUUGUUUUCAGGUGAUUUUCAAGUUGCCUAUAUACCUCACAACUCUGAUUCAAAUGAUAAAAAACACAAAAUACCCCAAACAUCAACGUCAGCGUCUAACAUAAUUUCUAACUGUGACUUAGUGGGUCAGCACAAGAAGAUGAAAUACAACAUUCAUGAGAGAAAUGGUGUGAGGUUUCUGAAAAGUAUUUUAAAAAAAGAAUCUAAAUACGAACACAAUUGUUUUAAGGCACUAGUUAUAAACCAUAGCUUUAAGUUAGGAAAUCAAAAAGCAGCAGCUAUCAGAGAUAGUAUUGAAUUAACAAAAGAAAAAGGUACAGAAAUUCCAAAGACUAUUAAAAAACUGAGGUGGUUUGAUGAAACUGGAGAUACAGAAAAAAAUGCUGCAGACCAUCAUUCAUUGAGGAACAGAAUAGAACUAUCUCAGCAGUGGUCUCAGCCUUUCCACGUUCAGACUAAAAGUGGUGCUGCCAGCCUUGCAAUUAGAGUUCCUGCCCUAAGUGCUGUAGAUUCUGCUGAUGGAGCGAAGCCCGAGGAGGAUUCUGUCUCGAACAAUGUCGCUGCUUUAGGAGAAGCUGGAACAGACCAUGUGCCUCUGAAUUGUUUUAUGCCUUCAGGUUGUAACGUUGCUAAACAAGCCUGGCCACCCUCAGAAAAAGAGGGCAGUCAACCCCCUCUGCAAAGUGGCGGUUCUAAAGCUCAGAAAGCAAAUCCACCACGGGGUGGUACAAGAGUAAUCCGAAGAACAAGGUCUGCUCAGGUGCAGUCAGCCUUCGUGUGCACACACACAAAAGGCACUGUCCUUCGGCCCCAGUCCGAGAGCAGAGCCAACAGACUUUUACAAGCUCAGGGUAGACUGAUCGUGCCUCAUCCUCCUAAGUCUCCGUCAAAUAUUAGGAGUGGUAAAAAUAUACAAGUGUCUCAGUGUCAGCCGGUAACACUUGAAGAUUCUCAAAACGUGAUUACAAGUCACUAUUUUCGUUCAAAGCAUGUGCUUCCAACAGAACACAGGUUCAAUCACUGGAAUCAGGAGAGUCAUUUUCCACCCGCAGCUGUUUGUUCGGACUCUGUCACUGUGAUGCCUUCUCUACCGUAUUGUUCUUCUGAGUGCCAAACUUUAGCAAAAAUAAAUGGUUCAGAUGGCACUCAAGUGGUGCCCCAGCAAGGUGAGACUUCACAUUGCACCCACAGAUGUCCUGUUUACGAAGAAAGCCAUCCCUCUGUGACUCUGAGAACUGCUCGAGAAGAAUCUGUUCCCUUGUGGAAAAGACAGAAUAAUAUUCCGGGCCAAAGUGAAAAGGCUGCUGGCUCUACUGUUGUAAGAAGAAAGCAAAUUGUUGAAAAUAAGCAGAGAAGCCUUUUAGAACAGAAAAGACAAAACUCUGGAUCUGCAGGAAAGAAGUGCAACGAGCAAAUGAACAAUUUUGGGCAAAGUGUCCAGCUAAGUUCAAGUGAGCCAAAACACACUACGAGGGGUACUUCUGAUGUUGAAGAAGUUUCAGAUAGUACUUCGCAGUUUUUGAUGGCUGAAAGCCUAGUGAAAGCUUCAGUGCCUGAGGAUGAAAUUCUCACUGUCAUGAAUAGCAAGCAGCUGCAGAAACCAAGUCUGGCUUUAAAUAAGACCCAGCCAUUGGACAUCUCUGCACUCUCAGCUGAGGAGCAGAAGAUCCUACAGUCCCUCAGUCGUCUCAAUGAAAGGUUAUACUAUGUACAAGAAGCCAUUUGCAAGAAUCCAUCCAUCAAAAACACCUUACAAAUAAUACCACUUCUGGAGGAGAGACAGGACAGCACCAACAGCCGCAGAGACUAA